GAGAUAUUUCGAAGACAGAGAAAAAGGAGGGAAAGUCUCUCUCUCUCUCUCUCUCUUUCACGCCCCCGCAAUCGGUCCUUACUGUCCAUUUCUCUCUCGAUUCCCUCCCCGUUUCUCCGAUCGCUUCCUCCGGCGGAGCUCAGACGAUGAGUGCUCCCAUGGAGAUUUCGGUGCAAGGCACCGCAGACGCUGAGAUCCCCGAGCAGAACGGCGUCGCAGCUCCACCAGCGCUGUCUCUCGCCCCACCAGAGCUGUCUCCGGAUCCGAUCCUCUCCGAGGAGAAAGUUCUCGUUUCAGUCGAGGUCUGCCUCAAGCCCUCGAGCACAGUUCGUGCAGACGAUGUUCGAUCGGCUGUUGAGAGGAUGCUUGAAAAGAGGAGUUUAAGCUAUGUUGAUGGCCCCGUCGAGGUGCCUAUUGAUAAUCCGUUCUUGAUGGAUAAUGUCCAGAGAAUUUCAAUUUGUGACACUGAUGAAUGGGCCAAAAACCAUGGCGUGCUGUUGUUCUGGCAAGUCAAACCUGUCGUGCAUGUCUUUCAGCUUAGUGAGGAAGGGCCAUGUGAAGAACCAGAUGCUGAUGGGCAGCUAUCUAGUUUCAAUGAGUGGAUUCUCCCAGCAAAGGAGUUUGAUGGCAUGUGGGAAAGCCUAAUUUAUGAACCUGGUCUGAAACAACGGUUGUUACGAUAUGCACAAAGUGCAUUGCUCUUUACUGAGAAGGGUGUAAAUCCUUUUCUUGUGUCAUGGAACCGCAUAAUUCUUUUACACGGACCUCCAGGGACUGGAAAGACAUCACUAUGUAAAGCUCUGGCCCAGAAAUUGUCCAUACGGUUUAAUUCCAGAUAUCCACAGUGCCAACUGGUUGAAGUUAAUGCUCAUUCCUUGUUCAGUAAAUGGUUUUCUGAAAGUGGGAAGCUGGUUGCAAAGCUUUUCCAAAAGAUUCAAGAAAUGGUGGAGGAAGAAAACAAUCUGGUAUUUGUUUUGAUUGAUGAAGUUGAGAGUCUUGCUGCUGCAAGAAAGGCUGCUUUGUCUGGUUCUGAACCUUCAGAUUCGAUUCGGGUUGUGAAUGCACUGCUUACUCAGAUGGACAAAUUAAAAUCAUCACCGAAUGUGCUUAUUUUGACUACAUCAAACAUUACCACUGCUAUAGAUAUUGCAUUUGUGGAUAGAGCUGAUAUUAAAGCAUAUGUUGGUCCUCCAACUCUUCGAGCACGUUAUGAAAUUCUGAGUUCCUGCUUGCAAGAACUUGUCAGGACAGGAAUACUGUCAAAAUUCCAGGAUUCAGAUGAGCUUUUGCCCCCAAAUUAUGCUAGCGUCACGGGAAAUAUGAACUUGCUUCCUCGGGAGGCUGAGGCAGCUGAACUAUGUAAGAAAUUGCUUGAAACUGCCGAGGUGUGUGAGGGAUUGAGUGGAAGGUCAUUAAGAAAGCUUCCGUUUUUAGCACACUCAUCUCUGGCUGACCCUACCCGAUGCGAUCCUUGCAAGUUCUUGGAUACAAUGAUACAGACAGCAGUGAGAGAGCGAUCUGAACUACCCGACUGAAUGACAGCUGAACAUGCUAGCAACCGGUUUUUAGUCUUAUAAUUUUGCUGCUGUUUAGCUGCUGUGUAUCUUUCUCGUUGGAGAAUUGUAUCAGAUCAGUCUAACAAAGAGAACAGCAUAUGCUUAAUCUGUGUUCUGCGGGGCUCUUUGCAUGACACCGGCCUAGUGGCUAGGGCCACUAGUGUAUAUUUAGUCUUAGCAUUACUUGUGGCCCCGAGAGUCGGGCCAUUUAAAACUGUCGUGAAUGCAUUUACUGAAAACUCGUUAUUCAAGGAAAGCUGGUUCUCCUAUAAAUGCAUUUUGAAAAA